GCUGUGAAAUUUGAGCCAUAUCAUGACAGCGCACUAGCCAGAUUUCUGCUAAAACGGGGUUUGAGAAACAAAAGAAUUGGUCACUUCUUGUUUUGGUUCUUAAGAAGCGAGAUUGCCCAGUCCAUGCAUUAUCAACAGAGAUUCGCGGUCAUCCUGGAAGCCUAUCUUAGGGGCUGUGGAAAAGCAAUGCUACACGAUUUCAUGAAGCAGGUUCAAGUAAUUGAAUUGCUGCACAAAGUCACAAUGGAGAUAAAAUCAGUGUCAGCAGAAAAGUAUGAUGUAACUUCUCAAGUUAUUGCACAGCUGAGACAAAAACUUGAAAAGCUACAGAGCAGCAAACUUCCAGAAAGCUUUAGAGUUCCAUAUGAUCCUGGGCUAAGAGCAGGAGCCCUAGUGAUAGAAAAAUGUAAAGUAAUGGCAUCCAAGAAGAAACCCCUCUGGCUUGAGUUUAAGUGUGCAGAUCCAACAGCUCUGUCAAAUGAAACCAUAGGCAUAAUCUUCAAACAUGGAGAUGACCUUCGUCAGGACAUGCUUAUUUUACAGAUUCUUCGAAUUAUGGAAUCCAUUUGGGAAGCAGAAUCCUUGGACCUCUGUUUGUUACCGUAUGGUUGUAUUUCUACAGGGAACAAAAUAGGAAUGAUCGAAAUUGUGAAAGAUGCUACAACAAUUGCAAAGAUUCAACAGAGUACAGUUGGCAACACUGGUGCAUUUAAGGAUGAAAUACUAAACCAGUGGCUUAAGGAAAGAUGCAUGAUUGAAGAGAAGUUUCAGGCAGCUGUGGAAAGAUUUGUUUAUUCUUGUGCUGGAUACUGUGUUGCAACCUUUGUACUUGGAAUAGGAGACAGACACAAUGACAACAUUAUGAUUACAGAAACAGGGAACCUUUUCCAUAUUGAUUUUGGCCAUAUUCUUGGGAAUUAUAAAAGCUUCCUUGGAAUUAAUAAAGAAAGAGUUCCUUUUGUGCUGACUCCAGAUUUUCUGUUUGUCAUGGGGACGUCCGGAAAGAAGACGAGUCUCCAUUUCCAUAAAUUUCAGGAUGUAUGUGUGAAGGCUUAUUUAGCUCUUCGACAUCACACAAACCUGCUGAUCAUCCUCUUCUCCAUGAUGCUAAUGACUGGGAUGCCCCAAUUAACCAGCAAAGAGGAUAUUGAAUAUAUCCGGGAUGCACUGACAGUAGGGAAAAGCGAAGAAGAUGCCAAAAAGCAUUUUCUUGAUCAGAUAGAGGUUUGCAGAGAUAAGGGCUGGACUGUGCAAUUUAACUGGUUUUUACAUCUUGUGCUUGGAAUCAAACAAGGAGUAGAAAAGCAUUCUGCUUAA